AUGUCGAACACUUCCAAAAUCAGUAUUAGCAUCGACCGUGGUGGCACAUUCACAGAUGUACACGCCCGGAAUCCUGGAAAACCCGAUAUCAUUCUCAAGUUGCUCUCAGUGGACCCCACAAAUUAUGCUGAUGCGCCGACAGAGGGCAUAAGAAGAGUCCUUGAGCAGGCGACUGGUGAGAAUUUCCCAAGGGGGAAACCACUGAACCUGAAGUACAUCCGAAAAUUGCGCAUGGGGACAACAGUGGCUACAAAUGCACUUCUGGAGCGGAAAGGUGCCAGAUCAGCUUUACUGACCACGAAAGGCUUCAAAGAUUUGCUAUCCAUAGGAGACCAGUCACGACCAAAAAUCUUUCAGCUUUCAGCCACAAAACCAGGAGUGUUAUACGAAAAGGUGGUUGAGGUGGACGAGCGGAUUAUUCCAUGUCCCAAAAAUGCGGCAACAGAAAGGUAUCCAGAAUGUCGACUAGUCGAAGGCACAACUGGUGAAAACUUCCGGGUCCUGCAAGAGCUCAACAUGCAAGAAGUUAUCAGAGACCUGGAGGCCCUAUGGCAAGAUGGCUACAGAUCGCUGGCUGUUGUGCUUCUGCAUUCAUAUGCCUAUCCCGAGCAUGAACUUAAGAUUGGGCACGUGGCAUCAAGUAUGGGGUUCUCAGUUGCCCUUUCGUCCAAACUUCAACCCAUGAUCAAAGCCGUACCAAGAGGAAUGUCUGCCUCGGCUGAUGCAUACCUGACACCGGUCAUAAAAAGCUACAUCGACAGCAUAGAUUCGAAUUUUGAGGGUGGACUUGAGAACUCACACGGCGCCCGGUUUGAGUUCAUGCAAUCAGACGGUGGUCUAGUGGACUAUCGGAAAUUCAGUGGCCUCAAGGCCAUUCUUUCGGGCCCUGCAGCUGGUGUUGUAGGAUUUGCAAACACCAGUUGGGAUGAAGAUGAGAGGAUACCACUGGUUGGGUUCGACAUGGGAGGUACAUCAACUGACGUCUGCCGCUUUGGUGGGGACUUCGAACAUGUCUUUGGCGCCAAUAUCGCAGGUAUCUCCAUUCAAUCCCCACAGCUUGAUAUCAACACAGUUGCCGCUGGCGGUGGAUCCAUUCUAUCCUGGCGCAAUGGUCUUUUUAUGGUCGGGCCUGAAUCAGCAAGUGCCCACCCAGGACCAGCCUGCUACCGAAAGUCCGGGCCUUUGACAGUCACUGAUGCCAACCUUUUCCUUGGCCGACUGUUACCGGAGUAUUUUCCCAAGAUAUUCGGCCCUAAUGAAGAUCAGCCUCUGGAUCGCGAGGUUACAGCACAGAAGUUUGAAGAGCUUACGGAAACAAUAAACCAGGAACAAGUCCAGAAAAAAGAAAAAUUGUUCACCUCCGAGGAAGUUGCCAUGGGCUUUCUGAAAGUCGCGGAUGAGUCUAUGGCACGCCCCGUUCGGAAUCUGACCGAGGCACGGGGCUACGAGACAGCAUCCCACCAACUUGCAUCUUUCGGUGGCGCAGGAGGACAACACGCCUGCUCAGUUGCAGCUGUCCUUGGGAUCUCGAGGAUAGUCAUUCACAAAUACUCUUCCAUCUUGUCAGCUUAUGGCCUAGCAUUGGCAGAUGUCGUCAAAGAAUCCCAGGAGCCAGUGUCAACGGAAUAUCUCAACUCCCAAUCAACUUUACGCAAAAGAUUUGAGAGCAUUAUUGCCCAAUCUACCACAGAUCUCAUGGAUCAAGGAUUCCAGAUCGACCAAAUCAGCCAUCAGCUAUAUCUCAAUAUGCGCUACGUCGGCUCAGACUCUCAAUUGAUGAUAUUGAAACCGGACAAUUGGGACUUUGCCGAAGAGUUCAGAACACGACAUCGCCGGGAGUUCGGCUUCACAUUCGAUAAGCCACUCCUGGUUGAUGAUGUCCGAGUUCGAUCUGUUGCAUCUUCAGGUGGUCAUGCAGAGAUCAGUCCAUCGAAACAGUUGAAGAGGGCGUGCAUCAGAGAUAUAAAUCCAACACAAUCACAGGAGACUACCUCAGUGUAUUUCGAAAGCACAGGUCGAGUUGAGACGCCAGUCUACCUGCUUAACAAUCUUGAGAAGGAUAGUCGUAUCCGUGGACCGGCGAUCAUCAUCGACGAAACACAGACGAUCGUCGUGGCACCAGAAGCCGUGGCGAGUGUACUCCAGACUUGCAUCAUUAUAGACCUGAAAGAGGAGAAGUUGGCUGCUAGAAGCGACACUUUCAAGGCGGAUCCUAAUGUGAUGAACGAAAUUCCAAUCAACCCCAUCAGACUGUCUAUCUUCGGGCACAGAUUUAUGUCGAUCGCUGAGCAGAUGGGUCGAACACUCCAAAAGACGUCUGUGUCUACAAACAUCAAGGAGAGACUCGACUUCUCCUGCGCAUUAUUCUCUCCAGACGGUGGACUGGUUGCUAAUGCUCCCCAUGUACCUGUUCAUCUUGGAUCAAUGCAGUUUGCUGUCAAGUACCAACACAACCAUUGGCUCGGUCAACUCGUCGAUGGAGACGUUCUCGUAUCGAACCACCCUAGUUGUGGAGGCACUCACUUGCCCGAUAUCACCGUCAUUACCCCGGUUUUCGACCGCCCCGGAGGAACAGAGAUUGUGUUCUACGUUGCAUCCCGUGGUCAUCACGCCGAUAUCGGUGGGCUACUGCCCGGAUCGAUGCCACCAAAGUCAACAGAACUUUGGCAAGAGGGUGCUGCCAUCGAGGCAGAGAAGAUUGUAAGUGGUGGUGUAUUCAACGAGGCUCGAAUGACAGAGCUUCUCCUCAAGAUCCCGGCUACUUUCGAGGGCUGUUCCGGCACAAGAUGCCUUGCAGAUAAUCUCUCUGAUUUGAAGGCUCAAAUUGCGGCCAACACUCGCGGAAUCCAGCUGAUUCAAAACUUGAUUGCCGAAUAUGGCCUCCCAGAGGUUCAAGCAUAUAUGUACGCCAUUCAAUCUACAGCAGAAACAGCAGUGCGCAAUCUACUUCGUGAACUUUCGGUUCGUCACGGUGGAAAGUCUCUCGAGGCCGUUGAUUACAUGGACGACGGCACACCGAUAGCUCUGAAAGUCCAGAUCGAUCCCGAAACCGGUUCUGCAACGUUCGACUUCGAAGGGACUGGACCCGAGGUCCUAGGCAACACUAAUGCUCCCAUCGCUAUCGUCAAUUCCGCCAUCAUCUACUGCCUCCGAUGUAUGAUCAACUCCGAGAUCCCCCUCAACCAAGGCUGCCUUACCCCAAUAGACAUCAAGGUACCACCAGGGUCGAUCCUCUCCCCCUCUCGCACAGCCGCAGUCGUCGGAGGGAAUGUGUUGACCUCUCAACGCAUUACAGACGUGGUCCUCAAAGCUUUCAACGCGGCUGCCGCAUCCCAGGGCGACACCAACAACCUUACCUUCGGGAAAGGAGGGAAAUCAGAUGCAGACGGAACCCAUGUCGAUGGAUAUGGAUUUUAUGAGACAAUUUGCGGAGGGGGCGGAGGAGGCCCUAAUUGGCACGGCCAGGACGGCGUGCAAUCUCACAUGACCAAUACCAAGAUAACAGACAUCGAAAUACUGGAAAAGAGGUAUCCUUGUAUCGUCCGACAGUUCUCCCUGCGAGAAGGCUCGGGUGGUCAGGGGCUAUAUCGUGGUGGGGAGGGGGUCAUCAGAGAUUUCGAGUUUUUGGAGCCCUUGCAGUGCUCGAUUUUGAGUGAGAGGAGAGUCCACAGGCCGUAUGGCAUGAAUGGUGGAGGGCAAGGCCAAGUUGGGCUGAAUCUGUGGAUUACGAAGGACGAGCUUACGGGUCAGACCAGGACGGUGAAUCUUGGGGGCAAGAAUACGGUCAAGGUGAAACGCAAUGAUCGUGUUGUUAUUCACACGCCUGGUGGUGGAGCAUGGGGUAAGAAAGAAUGA